GGGAGAGGAUGAGGGAAUCGUCAUUCGAAGCGRGGAAAGCCUCUGAGCAGCAGCAGCCGCAGCCCUGUGAGCUUCGCUUCGUCCUCACGUUGUUCCACUUCUUAUCUUAAAAUUCUAACUGGUCUGUCCAUGUAAAAAAAAAAUAUACUGUAGCCAAGCUUACAUUUUACUGCAAAAAUACUUGGAAAUAAUCUCMACCUUUGCAAGCGCGUGUUUCUCUUUUGCUCGGACGGAAUAAAGUGUCGACCAUCGCUGACAUUCGAACUAGAGAAAGAUUUCGUUGUGUGGCUAAAACAACUCCGAGACAGCGUUUAACUAGCCCUAUGAGAAUGGACUCACAGUGAAAUUAUUCCACCUUGACUACAUCAUCUUCAAAUCACACCAACACUCAGCCCCUCCCCCUGACCAGUCCCUCCCUCUAUAGGACUAAGGGAGGCGUGGAUUGGAUGGACCUCCACCGGCCCUCCUUUAAGAUGGACAGCUCCUCCUACCUGCCCAGUCCCCUGGCCUCCCCAGCCCUGAUGGUGCUGGCCUCCACAGCCGAGGCUGGCAACGAUUCCUCCAUCCCUUGCCAGGCCCCACGGCCUUUUGGGGUCCCCAUCUCCGAGAAGGACCUCCACCUCCCCUUCCCCUCCGGCUCCUACACAUUUGCCUCCAUGUACCACCGCCAGGGGCCCGUCUCCAGCCAUGGCACCUUCCCCACCAGAGACUUCCCUGCCUCCCUGCUCCACCUCCACCCCCAGUUCCACCCCCCCAACCUGGACUGCUCAUCUCUAGGGAUGCUGAACCACAGCGGGGUAGGGGCCUUCAGACCCUUCUCCUCCCCGCCUGAGGAAAGGGAGGUCAGGGGUUAUCAGUCAGCCUUCACCCCUGCUAAGAGGCUCAAGGGCUGCUAUACCGACUCGGAAAGGAAGCAGUAUGAGUUUGGAGGAGGGCGUAUUCUCUCUGGUUCGCCGUGGUCGCUCAAAGCCGCUGAGGAUUCUGGGAGGAAGUUGUUUGCGGUGUCUGGCCUGCUGUCAGACAGUGAGGCCUUGUCUAGUCCUGAGGACCGUAAGGAAGGCUGUGGGCAGGGGGGCGAGGUGGCGGGUCCCCCCUCACGUUUAAAAUGGUGCAGAGAUACCACGUUUCUUCGUGUGAGGACCAACAGACAUACAAGACUGAAUGUCAGGAUCGGCAAGCUGAAGAGGAGGAAAGCUGACGAAGUUCAGGACAUUUUGGUGGACCUGGGAGGAGAGGGGGUGCAGUGGAGGGAGCGGAGGAGGUUACAGAUGACAUCCAUGCUGGGGGGGUUUAAAGGGUCGGUAUUUGUGAGCAGCAGCACAUCUAAUGAGGGCCGCGGUGACAGUGAUGCUGACCUGGACGUUGAUGGAGACGACACCGCGGACUACGGAAGAGCACAAUAUACAGAGGCAGACAUCAUCCCCUGUUCACAACGGGAGCCUGGGGAGGUGGAGGAGAGGAAAGCACUGAGGGGGGCUGUUUUAAAUGUUGGAACUCUGUCCAACAGAGUAACUCUGGAACAUUCSAAAUGGACAAAUGAGGGAUGUCCAUCCACCAGCAACGGAGAACGCAACAAACUGGACAACAGCAUAAUCUCCCUACACAGGACCUGUAAAAACAGUGACAUCGAGACGGUCUCUGAGGAUUCGGCACUCACGACACUCGAUGCACUAAAAACUCGGAUACGAGACCUAGAGAAGCAGAUGUCCAGAGGAGACAGAUACAAAUGUCUCAUCUGUAUGGACACAUAUACUACGCCCCUCAGCUCCAUCCAGUGCUGGCACGUCCACUGUGAGGAGUGCUGGCUCCGCACACUGGGGGCUAAGAAGCUUUGUCCACAGUGUAACACCAUAACUUCACCUGGGGACCUGCGACGGGUGUAUCUGUAACCCGGCGGGGCCAGUGAAGCACAGACCUUUGAGGGGGACAUAAGGGCAGCUGGCCUGUCAGAGAUCACCCUUGUCUUUGCACCUUAACCUAUCCCCCCCCACCCACCUUCCGAACUGAGUAGGGGCGCACCUCAUGAAUAGAUGGUACCCAUGACUGGGUAUUGCACAACGAUCAGUCCUCAUGUCCUUUGACGUUUUAGGUUUGACAUUUCACCUUUGGUUUGCCCAGCUGGAUGGUGUUCGUUUGUACCGAGCUCACCUCCACCUUUAGUGAGCCAGGACAGUUCUAAGAGGAGGACUCUGUGCUCAAUCCAUUAAUCACCAUAA